AUGGGGUGGAAAAGAACAAAUGAUGAAACUUUAAAAGUGAACAAUUUAGGAAUAAGAGCAUGCCUUGUAGAUGGUGACACUUUUAGAGCUGCUUGUGCUAAAGCCGAGACAGAAGGGGUGAAAAUCAAUUGGACUGAGCUAGUGACUCACACAUAUGAAUUGGCAGUGAACUGCUUGCAAACAAACUACUAUGGGGCGAAAAGAAUGAUCGAAUCCUUUCUGCCACUUCUGCAACUAUCUCAGUCACCAAGAAUUGUCAAUGUUUCGGCAGAAAUGGGAAAACUAAAGGAUUUUAAAGUAGGAUCCCUAGAGUCAAAAGGAUGGCCUGUAGUCAUUGAUGGUUACAUAAUCGCAAAAGCAGCCCUGAAUGCAUACACAAGGAUUGUGGCGAAGAAACACCCGAACAUGAAGGUCAAUAGCGUCUGUCCUGGUUUUGUAAAAACCGAUAUAAACUUCCACACUGGCAAACUAUCUGUAGAAGAAGGUGCUCAAAGUAUUGUGAGGCUUGCUUUGGUGCCUGAUGAUGGUCCUUCUGGCUUGUUUUUCGUUCGUGCCCAAGAGUCAUCGUUUUGA